GGAAACUGAUUCAUAAGAAUGUUUAUUAAAGCUAGAUAUUAAUAAAAAAAAUAUAGUAUAUUUUAAUAAAAUAUACUAUAAAUUAUGUGCUACUUUUUAGGAGGUGGUUACAAAAAAAAUGUAAAACACAUAGUAACUGCUCCUUUAUCUUCGCUAAAACCCUAACCUCUCUCACUCCGUCCCUUUCUCUCUCAUAUAUAGGCGUAAGAGACAGUUAACAACUUUGAAGUCUACUUGAAAGUUGAAACAAAAAAGACACGACAUUAUCGACUUAUCGUCUAAAAUCAAUCUCCAGGUUUCAUCUCCUCAAUCAUGUCCAUGGACUGCUUAAGCUACUUCUUUAACUACGAUCCACCUGUCCAGCUCCGGGAUUGCUUUAUCCCCGAAAUGGAUAUGAUUAUCCCUGAAACCGACAGUUUCCUCUUCCAAUCUCUACCGCAACUGGAGUUUCAUCAGCCAUUGUUUCAAGAAGAAGCUCCUUCACAGACCCACUUUGACCCUUUUUGCGACCAGUUUCUUUCUCCCCAAGAAAUCUUUCUCCCUAACCCUAAAACCGAAAUCUUCAACGAAACACACGACCUAGAUUUCUUACUCCCCACGCCAAAACGCCAGAAACUUGUUAACUCGAGCUACCAUUGUAACAACACCCACAACCAUUUCCAGAGCCAUAACCCGAAUUUCUUCGACCCUUUCGGCGACCUUGAUUUUGUUCCAGAAGCUUCUACCUUCCCGGAGUUUCGAGUUCCGGAUUUCUCUUUAGCGUUCAAGGUAGGCCGAGGAGAUCAAGACGACACCAAGAAACCGACGCUUUCAUCUCAGAGCAUCGCGGCUCGAGAAAGGAGAAGAAGAAUUGCGGAGAAGACUCACGAGCUCGGAAAACUCAUCCCCGGUGGCCAGAAACUUAACACCGCCGAGAUGUUUCAAGCCGCCGCUAAGUAUGUCAAGUUCUUGCAGAGUCAAGUUGGGAUUCUCCAACUGAUGCAGACCACGAAGAAGGGUAGCUCUAAUGUGCAAAUGGAAACUCGGUUUUUGCUUGAAUCGCAAGCAGUCCAGGAGAAGCUAUCAACAGAGGAAGUGUGUUUGGUACCGUGUGAAAUGGUUCAAGAUCUAACAACUGAAGAAACCAUUUGGAAAAACCCUAAUAUUUCUCGAGAGAUCAACAAGUUACUGUCUAAAGAUCUGGCUAACUAGUUUUAGUUUCAAGCCUGAAGUUCUCUAUGCCUAAACCUGUGUCUGUUCUUGUUGUUUUGAGUUCUUAGUUAGUUUUUUUGUCUUUUGUUGAUUUAAUGGCUAAUUGUCCUGGUUAAUCUCCUCUUAACUGGGAACUAAUACUUUGUCUGUAUUAGUCUAUGUAUUAGCUUUAGUCUGACAAUUUUCUUGUUAGUUAAUGACUUAAUGUAUGUCCGCAUGUUGAAGCUUUUUUUUUACAUUAAAGAUAUCUUUGUGUAAAAUCAAGCUUUUUAUCCGUAACAAUUUUGGGGCUUUAUU